CAAAUAAUCUAAGAUGUUAUAAACGUCUAUAUUUCUUUGAACUGAAUAAUUCAGACAAUAUUGCAUUGAACGAAUAACUAUGAAGUUAACACUUUUGUUUUUAGUUCGUUUGUUGAUUGCUUCUCACGCAUUAGAACCUAGGAUAAUAAGAGGAAGAAAGGCUGAACCAGGCGAAGUCCCGUACCAAGUGUCUCUGCAAACGAUUGCAUCGCAACAUAAUUUCUGUGGUGGUGUUAUUCUUAAUGAAUACUACGUACUGUCCUGCGCUCAUUGUAUGUUGGAAAAAGACGUCAAUUUGCUUAUGGCAGUUGUGGGAACGGUCGAUUUGCGACUACCAUACGCAACACAUCUUCUCGAGUCUAGCUACGUGCAUGAAAAAUACAAUCGCUCAGACUCAUGGAUCAACGACAUCGCUCUAAUUAAGGUGAAAACUCCAUUCGUAUUUUCCUUCCUGGUAUAUCCAGUCGUAUUACCGCGACAAGACGAAAUCGUUAAAGCCGAUUCAACAGCAGUCGUAUCGGGAUAUGGCAGAUUACAGGGUGAUGAAAAGACCAAAGAAUUACACAUCGUGAAUAUCAAGAUAGUCGAUCAAGAUUACUGCAAAGCUGCGUACCAGCAGCGACCGAGUCAUCAUAUCAUAUACGACACGCAAAUCUGUGCGAAUGAUCCAACCAUGAAAAAGGGUUCGUGCAAGGGUGAUUCCGGCGGGCCUCUGACGGUCGAUGGGAAGCUGGUAGGACUCGUCUCGUGGUCAGCAGGUUGUGGCGCCAUCAAAUAUCCUGGGGUAUAUACACGCGUACCAUCGUAUAUCGAUUGGAUUUCAAAAUACGUCGUGUGAUUUAAUUAACGGAACGGCUGAAAUCAAUAUUUCAUCGAGAUACGCGGGAAUCGAGUUAACACAUGCAAAGCGUAUAUAUAUUCGAGUAUGAAUAUGAAUGGAUAUGAAAUUUCUUAAAAUAGACUCGUGUAUAUCGUGCGUUAUACACCUGCUUGUAUCAUUUCUGUUAUUUUUCUUAUUAUUUCGCUAGAAAAAAACAGAGAGAUCUCAUCGUAAAUAUUGAAAUACCACGGAAUCCGUACGGACUGUUUAAGCGUAUCGAUAUUUGUAGUGUCCAGUUUUAGCAAACAACGCGGGAAUGAGUUUGAAAAACAACAGUCCCGAUUGUAAAUAUUACAUUGUAUACCGCGCUCGGCGAUCUGUGUGACAGGCAUAUAUAUAUAGCUUAACAAAAAACGAACCAAAAGAGAAAAAUAGGUCAAUUGGAGGAAAUACGUUCAGCCAUUUUGCUAAGGUCGAUUACGAAAUCGUGUCUAGCAGAUAUUAAUAAACGUUUCUUUCAAAAAUGA